UUGUGCCUCUAGUCAUGUACUAUGCAACACAGAUUGCCGCGACGGUAUUGAACAAUCACCUCUGUGGCGCCCUAUUGGACAUGAUAGGAUCGAAACUCACUGCAGCAGUUUCGAAUGUGCCCGGGCCGUCAGAAACCAUGUAUGUAGGCACGCAUAAACUCAGCAAACUUUGCUUCUGGGUGCCACAAAGAGGCGAUUGUGGUGUGGGGUUCUCUAUUAUUACCCAAGGAGGAAAAGUAACAGUUGGUUGUAUCAUGGAUGCCGGAUGUGGGGUGGAGAGCGAUAUGGUGUGCAAAGAGUAUAUGAAUGCACUGGAAGAAAUGUACGAAAAAGUUGUCGCUUAAAUACAUGUAAACAAUCACUUUAUAAAAUAUAUAAUAAAAACGUG